AUGAAGGGUGGAAACUCAAACAUUAUAGCUACAGGUGUUGUUGUAGCAAUUUGGUUGAUGGGUUUGGGUUCAAUAAAUGCUCAAUUGAAUUCCACAUUCUACGCAAGCACCUGCCCAAAUGUGUCGAGCAUCGUUAGUGGGGUUAUCCAAACAGCUUUACAAUCCGAUGCUCGAAUUGGUGCUAGCCUCGUUCGGCUUCAUUUCCAUGAUUGCUUUGUUGAUGGUUGCGAUGGGUCAAUUCUGUUGGACAACAGUGCGAGCAUACAGAGUGAGAAAGAUGCAGCUCCAAACACAAACUCCACUAGGGGCUUCGAUGUAGUUGACAACAUAAAGACAGCCCUAGAGAACUCCUGCCCUGGUGUUGUGUCUUGUGCUGAUAUCCUUGCCAUAGCAGCUGAAGCUUCUGUUUCUUUGGCUGGGGGUCCUACUUGGAGUGUUCUAUUAGGGAGAAGGGAUGGCACCACUGCCAACCAAGCCGGAGCCAAUACCUCUAUUCCAUCUCCAUUUGAGAGCUUAAGCAAUCUCACGUCCAAGUUUUCAGCCGUUGGACUCAGCACCACUGAUCUAGUUGCACUAUCUGGUGCUCAUACAUUCGGGCGUGCUCAAUGCCGGACUUUCAGCAAUCGCCUAUACAAUUUCAGUGGCACAGGCAGCCCUGACUCAACACUAGACUCAUCUUACUUGGCUACUCUUCAACAAACAUGUCCUCAAAAUGGUAGUGGGAGUACAGUUACCAAUCUUGAUGUCUCAACUGGUGAUACCUUCGACAGUAACUAUUACUCCAACCUUCAAAACAACAAAGGUCUUCUCCAAUCUGAUCAAGAGUUGUUCUCCACAACUGGAGCUUCCACCAUCUCCAUUGUCAACACCUUCAGUAGCAAUCAGACUGCCUUCUUUGAAAACUUUGCUUCAUCCAUGAUAAAUAUGGGAAACAUUAGCCCAUUGACUGGGAGCAGUGGAGAAAUUAGGUCAAAUUGUAGGAAGGUUAAUGGAAGUUAAAACUUUUAAUUAGGA